AGAGAGAGAGAGAGAGAGAGAGAGACUGUAGCAGCGAAGUGUUGGAAGAAACUGACUGACGGACAAAUUCCUGUUGGAGGUUACUCACGUCGCUGGAGACACUUCUCUCGGUUUAUGAGAAAGGACAACAACUUUGGUCGCUCCACAGAGGUUUGUGGCGCUCUGCUUUACAGUUUCCUGCUGUUACAUGGUAACACAGAUCUGAAGCUUCAGGGUGUUGAAGAUGGCAGUGUGGAUUCAGGCCCAGCAGCUUCAGGGAGAUGCUCUGCACCAGAUGCAGUCUCUGUACGGUCAGCACUUCCCCAUUGAAGUACGGCAUUAUCUCUCACAGUGGUUAGAGAGUCAGCUCUGGGAUGCAAUAGAUCUGGAAAACCCACAGGAGGAGUUUAAGGCUAAGCGCCUCCUGGACAGUCUGAUUCUAGAGCUGCAAAACAAGGCUGAGCACCAGGUUGGAGAGGAUGGCUUCCUGCUUAAAAUCAAACUGGGACACUAUGCUAACCAGCUCAAGAGCACGUAUGACCGCUGUCCUCUGGAGCUGGUCCGAUGUAUCAAACACAUCCUCUACACCGAGCAGAGGCUCAUCAGAGAGGCCACAAAUUCGAGCUCUCCAGUGGGAGGGAUGAUGGACAGCAUGUCUCAGAAAUAUCAACAGAUCAAUCAGGCCUUUGAGGAGCUCCGCCUGCUCACCCAGGACACCGAGAACGACCUGCGCAAACUCCAGCACAACCAGGAGUACUUCAUCAUCCAGUACCAGGAGAGCCUUCGCAUCCAGGCUCAGCUGACCAGCCUUGCCACGCUGCCCCCUGCUGACCGCCAGCUACGAGAACCCGCCCUGCUCAGCAAGAGAGCCACUGUGGAGGCAUGGCUUACAAGAGAGGCCAACACACUACAGAAAUAUCGGCUGGACCUGGCUGAGAAGCACCAGAAAACACUGCAGCUGUUGAGGAAGCAGCAGACGGUCAUCCUGGAUGACGAGUUGAUCCAGUGGAAGAGACGGCAACAGCUGGCAGGCAACGGGGGCCCACCAGAGGGAGGCCUGGACAUCCUUCAGUCCUGGUGCGAGAAGCUGGCUGAAACCAUUUGGCAAAACAGGCAGCAGAUUCGGAGAGCCGAGCACCUCAGACAGCAGCUGCCCAUACCCGGACCUAUCGAAGAGCUUCUCAAUGAACUCAACAGCACCAUCACAGACAUCAUCUCAGCACUGGUCACCAGCACCUUCAUCAUUGAGAAACAGCCUCCUCAGGUUCUAAAAACCCAGACCAAGUUCGCCGCCACAGUACGCCUCCUAGUGGGAGGGAAGUUAAACGUGCACAUGAACCCUCCACAGGUCAAAGCCACCAUAAUUAGUGAGCAGCAAGCCAAGGCCCUUCUGAAAAAUGAAAACACACGGAACGAGAGCAGUGGAGAAAUUCUGAACAAUAACUGUGUGAUGGAGUACCAUCAGACCACAGGCACUCUCAGCGCCCACUUCAGGAACAUGUCUUUAAAAAGGAUCAAGCGAUCGGACAGACGAGGAGCCGAGUCGGUCACAGAAGAGAAGUUCACCAUUCUGUUUGAGUCUCAGUUUAGUGUUGGAAGUAAUGAGCUCGUCUUUCAAGUGAAGACGUUAUCACUUCCAGUUGUGGUGAUAGUUCACGGUAGCCAAGACAAUAACGCAACAGCAACCGUGUUGUGGGACAAUGCUUUUGCAGAGGCGGGUCGAGUGCCUUUCCUCGUGCCAGAUAAGGUUCUUUGGCCCCAGCUGUGUGAAGCCAUCAACAUGAAGUACAAGGCCGAGGUUCAGAGUAACCGGGGCCUGUCUGAGGAGAACCUGGUCUUCUUGGCUCAAAAGGCCUUCAGCAGCACCAGCAACAACCCAGACGACUACCGGAGCAUGACGAUGACCUGGUCACAGUUUAACAGGGAAAGCUUGCCAGGGAGGAACUUCACAUUUUGGCAGUGGUUUGACGGAGUGAUGGAACUCACAAAAAAGCAUCUCAAACCUCACUGGAAUGACGGAGCAAUUCUAGGCUUUGUGAACAAGCAGCAGGCUCAGGAUAUGCUCAUGUCCAAACCCAACGGUACCUUUCUUCUACGCUUCAGCGACUCUGAGAUCGGAGGCAUCACAAUUGCAUGGGUGGCAGAAAAUCCUAACAAAGCAGGUGAAAGGAUGGUUUGGAACCUCAUGCCGUACACAACCAAAGACUUCUCCAUUCGCUCUCUGGCCGAUCGGAUCAGCGAUCUCAAUCACCUCCUGUUCCUUUACCCCGACAGAGCCAAAGAUGAGGUUUUCUCCAAGUACUACACCCCUCCGCUCUCUAAAGCAGUGGAUGGUUACGUCAAGCCGCAGAUCAAACAAGUAGUGCCCGACUUUGCUACAGCUAAUCCAGAUCCGGCAAGUGGAACCCCAACAUAUAUGGAUCACGGCGCCUCCCCAGCACCUGUCAAUCACUCUCACUCCUACGGAAUAUACCAGCCGAUGAGUGACCCUGUCUUGGACGGGGACGGAGACUUUGACCUCGAUGACACCAUGGACGUUGCGAGGCACGUGGAAGAGCUUCUCAGGAGGCCCGUCGAGAGCCAAUGGGGUGGCCAGCAGUCCUGACCCUCCACCGUCUCCAACGCCACCGUAAAAGUCUUGCCCCACUCACGCUGACAUGGUUUAAUUCCAUUUCAUGUCUUUUUUUUUUUUUUUUUUUUUUUUUGCUAUAAUGUAAAGUUGUUAUUAAUGGCUGUGAUUUUU